AUGGACCUCCUGAACACAACAAACACCACACGAGGAGGAGGAGGAGGAGCAGGGAAUAAGCAGUGUAAUUGGUUGUAUUUCAUUAUUAAUGUGAUGAUGACGUUGGUUUUAGAGCUACAUCUAAUUUGGUCAUCAUUGCUACCCAUCUCCUACUCAGCUGCAAUCGUCACACAUCUUCCUGGCUUUCCAGGGCCUCUUCCCUUUCACUUGGAAACUGGGUACGUGGGUGUGGGCGGCGGGGAGUCGUCGGAGGAUGUGCAGCUGUUUUACUAUUUCAUUAAGUCGGAGAAGAAUCCAGAGAAGGACCCUCUUAUGCUUUGGCUCACGGGUGGCCCUGGUUGCUCCGCUUUGUCUGGCCUUCUAUUUGAGAUUGGUCCAUUUUUUUUCGUGGUUGAGGAGUACAAUGGAACCCUACCCAAACUCGUUCUGAAACCACACUCAUGGACCCAGGUGGCAAGCAUAAUCUUUAUAGACUCGCCUGUUGGAACUGGAUUCUCCUACUCUACAACCUCCCAAGGUUAUGAGACAGGCGACCUCAAAUCAUCGGAACAUCUAUACCAAUUCCUUACAAAGUGGAUGAUUAACCACCCAGAGUUUCUCAAUAAUCCAUUAUAUGUCGCUGGAGAUUCAUAUUCUGGCAAGAUCGUGCCACUUGUUAUUAAAGGAAUAGCAGAUGGUAAUGAAGCUGGUAAUGAACCAUUUAUCAAUAUUAAAGGAUAUAUACUGGGGAACCCAGUAACAGAUCAAGUUUUUGACAACAACAAGCAAGUGCAAUAUGCUCAUGGGAUGGGUCUUAUACCAGAUGAACUUUAUGAGUCUGUGAAGAAAAGUUGUGGAGGGAACUAUGUACAAAUAGAUCCCACCAACGUACAUUGCUGGAUGGAUAUGCUGUCAUUUUAUAAGUGUACUUUGGGAUUAAACCCUGGACAAAUUUUGGAACCUUUAUGUUUUUUUGCAUCCCCAAAACCCAAAGAGAUGGUGGUUGGAGCGGAUGGAAGAAGAUCUCUUAUUAGACAGAAAUCUAGCGAUUUCUUCACUCCACUACUCCCUAUUCCUCUAGUUGAGUGUAGGUCUUAUGCUUACUCUUUAGCACCGAACUGGGUGAAUGACAAUAGAGUCCGUAAUGCUCUCCACAUCAGAAAGGGAUCUAUUGGGAAAUGGGAAAGGUGUAGCUAUGGCCUACGUUAUUCAGUUGACAUCCAAAGCAGCAUUCAAUAUCAUGCAAAUCUCAGUGAGAAAGGUUUCCGAUCUUUAAUAUACAGUGGUGAUCAUGACAUGAUAGUCCCAUUCUUGGGCACUGAAGCAUGGAUCAAAUCUCUCAACUACUCUAUCCUUGAUGAAUGGAGGUCAUGGAUUGUUGAUGCUGAAAUAGCCGGAUAUACGAGGACCUAUUCCAACAGAAUGACAUUUGCGACAGUAAAGGGAGGAGGGCACACAGCUCCAGAGUACAAGCCCAAGGAAUGCUUUGCUAUGUUCAAGCGGUGGAUUUCCGAGGAACCUCUGUAACUGCAUUAACUCUCAGAGC